AUGGAGGCUCGCCACUCUUGCACAUCUGCUAUGCCAGCCAGCGGCUGUAGCGCAGCGCGGCGGGCAAGCCAACUCGAAAAGCACGAAAUAUCGGCUCCUUCGGCGGAUCGUACAAGCCUCGCCGAGGCAAUCACCCCGUAUCAAGUCACCGGUAAGAAUGGUGUUCGUAUACCCAUUGCGAAACGGCCCGCUGUUUUGUCCAAGCCGUUGAAUGUGCCAGUAACUUCAGCUACUUAA